AUGGAGGACACCACUGCACUGAUAAACCUCCAAACUCUCCACCCAACAAGGACCUCAUCCCCUGCAUCUUCCUCUUUCCAGAACUCCUCCUCCUCCCCACCUACUGACUUGAUUAUCUCUCCUAACAUUGCCUACAUGACGGCUGAGCUCGUCAUCGCCUUCCUCUCCGCCUUUGGAAACCUGUUGGUCUGUGCUGCGGUGGGCCUCAACCGCAAGUUGCGCACAGUCACCAACUACUUCUUGGUGUCUCUAGCGGUUGCAGACAUUUGCGUGGGUGCCAUCGCAAUCCCCUGUGCGAUCUUGACCGACGUUGGUAUACCGCGUCACAGCUUCUACCUGUGUCUGCUCAUGCUGAGUGUUUUGAUCAUGUUCACACAGAGCUCCAUCUUCAGCCUUCUAGCAGUGGCGGUUGAGCGUUACAUUGCUAUCUUCAUGCCCUUCCGCUACCAGGUACUGAUGACCCAACGUAACGCCAUGCUGGUGAUCCUCGCCACUUGGCUGCUGGCAUUUCUUAUUGGGCUUGUUCCUCUGAUGGGCUGGCACAAGACGCCGCCUGAUUCAGGCUACUGCUUCUUUGUCCUGGUGGUGGACAUGACUUACAUGGUCUAUUUCAACUUUUUCGCUUGCGUGCUGACGCCUUUAGUGAUCAUGUUUCUUAUCUACGCACAGAUUUUCGCCACGGUGAAGCAGCAGGUUAGGCGGAUAGCAUCUGAGCAGAGCAGCAGAGUGGAAGGACAAACAAGGAUGCGUCGAGAGAUGAAGACAGCAACUUCUCUUUUCCUGGUUCUCUUUCUCUUCACCGUCUGCUGGAUCCCUCUCCAUAUCAUAAACUGCUUCCUGCUGCUCUGCCCACACUGCCCUGUGCCGUUUAAGCUUCUGCUCACCGCCAUCAUCCUGUCUCACGCCAACUCUGCUGUCAACCCUUUCCUGUAUGCAUACACCAUGACAGCUUUCAGGGACAGCUUCAAGGCAAUUUUCUUGUGCUGCAGGAUUGUAAGAGAAAGACAGAUGUCAAAUCUGGCCAGUAGUGAGGACAGGGAUGGGGUGAGUGUCUGAAACGCUCAU